CGUCCUGGUGCUACCCAUCUUGCUUAUCCUGGUUGUUGGAGCAGGACGAACAAGCCAUGCGAAUUCUGAGACUGCAACGGACUAUUGGCAAAAGUUACUUCCCCGGACUCCUGUACCACCAGCAUUACUUGACCUAUUGAACCAUCAUGCAGGUUUCAAUAACCUAAAGUUUGUAGAAGAUUCGAAGAAUGUUCACAAAGCAAGACAAGUUGAGGAAGAGUUGAAGGAAAUAUCUGUGACAUAUGGGUCCCAAGAUAAUAAAAAGGAUGUAAGCAAUUACAUGAAGGUAGAUAUGUCACAGUUUCAUAAGGAUUUAAAGAACAAACCAAUGCCAUCUGACACACAAACUAAUAAAGAUAUAAAAAGGAGACUAGGAGGUAAGCAUGAUAAGCAGAAAGUCAUGGUUUCAAGUUUUAAAAAGAACCUUGCAGCAGGCGCACAAAAUGAAGAAAGCCUAAAAGAAAUCUCGGUAUCAUAUGGGUCAAAAUUUGAAGAGGGUCUAAAGGAAAUCUCGGUAAUAUAUGGGUUAGAAGGAAAGCAAGAUACAAAGAAAGUUUCGAUGGUAGAUUUGAAGAAGAUUAUAGCAGCAAAACGGCAAAAUGAAGAAAAAUCAAAUGAAAUCUCUGUAUCAUACGGAUCUAAACUUGAAGAGGAUCUGAAGGAAAUAUCAGUGUCAUACGGGUCGGAAGCUGAAAAGGAUCUAAAGGAAAUAUCAGUCUCCUAUGGGGCAGAGGGUGAAAAGGACCUAAAGGAAAUAUCAGUCUCCUAUGGGGCAGAAGGUGGAGAGGACGUAAAGGAAAUAUCCGUGUCAUAUGGGCAAGAAGAUAAAGAUGGUCUAAAGAAAAUCUUGGCGUCUCAAGGAGACAAAGUUACAGCUGGGGGAGGGCAUGUCCAUGUCCACACCCACAACCACGGCAGCAGAAGGAUUGCAGAUGUUUUCUUCCUCCACGACAUGCUGCGGCCAGGGACGAUGAUGACCCCGACCAUCCCGCCGACCAGCUCCCUGCCGGCUCUUCUUCCCCGUCACGUCGCCAACUCCAUCCCGUUCUCCGUUAAGCGCUUCCCCGACAUCGUCGCCAUGUUCGCGCCGGCAUCACUCGCGAUAGCCGGAGAGAUGCGGUGGACGCUUGACACCUGCGAGCACCCACGGCCGCUCCCAGGCCAGAAAGCGGGCUGCGCCACCUCCAUUGAGUCCCUCGCCGAGCUCACGGCGUCGCUCCUGGGGACGCACGACGUCCUGGCGUUCUCCGCCGACAUGCCCCUGGAGGCCGCCGGCACGUCGGCGCUGCGGGCAAGGCACAACGUGACGGCGGCGCGGAGGCUCUCGACGUCGCUGGAGGUGGUGGCCUGCCACGACCUGACGUACCCGUACGCGGUCUUCUACUGCCACACAUCCAACCCCACCGCGGCGUACAUGGUGACGCUGGAGACCCAGGACGGCGCGGCGCCGGCGCCGGUGGUGGAGGCGCUGGCCGUGUGCCACCUCGACACCUCGCAGUGGAGCCCGGAGAACCCGUUCUUCAAGCUGCACAGCGUCAGCCCAGGGGAGGUCGCCGUGUGCCACUUCCUCAGUAAACUCAGCACCAUCUGGGUCCGCUCCGAUGAGCUGGGCGACCUACGAGCAGCCGAGUAGAAUGAAGGCCACGUCAGUCAGUAAUGCUGGGUGUCUCUUGAUAGUACCGCAAAAUAACAGCCAUGCUCUACCAUGGGUUGAUCUCUAUAGUUCCAAGGGCAUCCCUAGUCUAUUUUGUGUCGCAUUUGGUGACUUAGUUUAUUUUCUGGGAUUAUUGAUCACCUGAAUUUGUUUCUGCACGAUAAAUCCGCGUCGUAAGUUUUUGCGACUGCUACUCUAUGAAAGUGUGUACCCCAUCGAUAAUAAAGAUAUGUCUCAGGAA